CCCCCAAGCUGCCGACACACCCUCUUGAGGAGAAGAAAUGGUAAAGCUUGAUUUUUUUCCCUUCUUUCUUGUUCAAGAACAAGCUUAGAACCUAGAACCCCCCCUAAAGCCAAGAAAAUUUUAGAUCUUGCGACCUUUCUUCUCCCCUGCUACCGGUUUCAGCUUGGUGAGGGUGGGGAUUUUUUGAUUUUCUGGUAAGGGAACCACCAUGAAAUCAUCGCUUUAGCUUUGAUUUGCCUUGGGUUUACUCUAAUUUUGUGUUGUUCCUUCAAUUUUGGUAACCCGUGAGUGAGUUCAUUUUUCUUCUCCCCGUUGGCUCCCUUCCCAGUCGGACCCGGUGCUGCUUGCUGGGAGAUUUUGGGUUCGUGAUUGUUUUGUCACCAGAGCACUUGGCUUGAGUUUCCAAUUUUAUGCGAUUUGAGCCUUGCCCGAUUCUGCUCUUCUUCUCAUUUCUUCCCGCUGCAGCCACCCGAAGAAAAAAAAAGGGGAACCCGGCACUAGCCUUGAGGAAAACCGGUAAGCAGCCUGAUUUUAUCCUUCUUUUCUGGUCCAAGAACCUGAUUUGGAACCCAGAAAUCUCUCCCCCUGCAGGAAAAUCCGAAUCUGCCCUGCUUUGCUCUGUCCUUCCGCCAGCUGCUCCUGCUUUGUGGGGGUGAUUUGCUCCGGUUUUGGUCCGUGACUUUCCCUGCAACUUGCCGCCGGCAACUUCCCCAACCUGCAGUCCGGUUUCUUUGCUUGCAAAUUCUGGAAGUGAAACCAAGCACGGGAAAACCACGGGAAGUGACGAGUUAGAAGGCUAGCCAUUUCGAGAUUGAUAUAGAUUCUAGAAAUCAUGAUCUUGUAAACCAGAGUGUAUUUGGAGGUUUUAUGAUAUCAGAGUCAAAUUAUAAAAUUUGAUCUUCAGAUUUUGAUGGUAUCAGAUUGUGAUUGGAUAAGUUUCGAGCCUUGUUCAUUUGUGGGACCCUCUCACGAGUGCACGGCAUCUGCCACGUCCCCGGAUUUGGGUUCUGGGGCGUGACAGUACCCGUACCUAUUUUUUGUGAUUAUACUGGUUGGCAUGCUAUAAAUUUAAUUAAGGGCU